CCCCGGGAAAGCAAAUAUGGCUGCCAAUGUGGAAAUUACUGCAUCUCGAUGCGUCUCAUCUGUCAAAGUUCUGUCAGUCCUGGCCAACUUUCGCCGUACGAAAAAGUUUUGUGAUAUAACCUUAAAGUGUGGUGAGCGAAACUUUUAUGCCCAUUCUUGCGUUUUAGCUGCGGUAAGCCCGUAUUUCCUUGGGAUGUUUCGCAGUAACAUGUCCGAAGUCUAUACUCAAGUCAAAUGUGUCGAUCUGGCUUUUCUGUCUGUCAGCCCGGCCGCAGUAAGCCUCGUCCUUGAUUAUAUCUAUGGCGAAGUUAUCGAAAUAGAGUUGGAAAAUGCGUUUGAAUUACUUGCUGUUGCAGAUUACAUGUUGCUCAAUCAGUUGAAGACGGAUGUUUGUCAAUUCCUUGCAGAUAAUUUAAGUUUAGAGAUGUCCCAUUUGUGCUUUGAGACCAGACGGGCUGCAGAAUUUUACGGGUGUAAAAAACUGUAUGAAACUGCAAACUGUUUUAUUAAUGCGAUGUUUUAUCGUCUCUCCCAGACUCCAUCAUUUUUGGAGUUAAAUUUAGGAGAAUUGGAAUCUUUCCUAGAAACUGAUGAGCUUUCAGCCAAUGAGUAUGAGCGAUUUGAGAGCAUUCUAAGAUGGGUGGUCUAUUCACGAGAGACAAGAUUUGAACAUCUUGAGGAGUUGCUGAAUGAUUAUGUCCAAAUCAAAGUCCUUUCCAAAGAGAGCUGUAAGGAAUUGUUGUGUCAAUAUGAUAUCACUGCAGGCGUAGUGGACAUUUUUGAUAAGGAGUUUUUUAAAACAACUUUGGAUGAAUCUUAUGAAGGGGGUGUUCCAGGGAGACAAGGACAGGAAGUGAUUUUAGUUUUUGGUAAUGAGAGUUGUCAAGCUUACACACCUGGGGUUGUUCCUUGGCAUCCAGUUACCCUCAUGCCCAAGAAGAGGGAACACUUUAAGGUCGUAACAUUGAAUGGUUUUGUGUAUGUUAUUGGCGGAACAAUAGACGAUAAGAUAACUUCCACUGUGUGGCAAUACAACCAUACCUACAACCUUUGGAAAACAGUUGCACCAAUGUUAAAAACAGCUGCAAGUUUUGACGUAUCUGCAUUGAAUGGUUUGCUUUAUGCAACUGGAGGUCCAAAUCCUGAAUACAACAUGCAAAUAUAUGACCCUCUCAAAGACGAGUGGUCCUUUGGCACGCCAAUGCUGGUCAAGCGGAUGUACCAUUGUAUGGUGGCAUUUCAGGAUAGGUUCCUGGUUGUUGUAGGUGGUAACACACCCACAACAGAGUCGCUUUAUUCUGUCGAGAAGUAUGAUACCCAUACAAUGACCUGGACUUAUAUGCCUCAGACAGUUAUCGGUCGGAUUGAGGCCAGCGCGGUUGCACACAAUGAUAAGAUCUAUGUUGUUGGUGGUUAUAGUGGUUCCUUCCCAACUGAGUUGGAGAGUUGCGAAGUUUACAGCAAUGCAACCAACGAAUGGUCAUUGAUAGAUAACAUGCUCACACCAAGACGGAAUGCUGCAGUAACCAUCUACCAUGGUAAUGUGUAUGUGCUUGGAGGUAAUUCUAAAAAAGGUUUGCCAAAUUUUGAGUACUUCUGUGAAACAACAAGAUGUUGGAAAACUGAGAAGUCAGGAAGCUUUAACUCACAGUGUCAAUGCUGCACUCUCACAAUGAGUGGCAAGCAAAUUUGCAAUUUAUAUGAGAAUUAGAUGGACUAUUAUUGGCAUCAA